AUGCACGUCCUUCCCUAUGUCGCGGUCGCGCCGUGCGUCGCCGAGGUCCUGGACGAAGUGCAGGGCGGGGCGGUCGACCAGGAGAGCGUGUGGGUCAAUGCGUACAUAGCCGCGCCGGAGCGGUGCACGGCCGAAACCAGCGUGCAGAUCAAAAAAGGAGCGCACGGCGUGGAAAUCACCUCCUCCUCGCCUGCCUUUCCCGUCGAGGCCAAGAGCGCACGGUGCGUCGCGGUCCAGUCACAGUCCACCGUCAAGACGCCGUGGGUAGACGUGUGCAUUGCGGAAGAGAAAGGGGGGAUUCCGUUCGCCGACGGGCCGCGCGGCGCAUGGCGCUUUGCGCUCAGCGUGUCGGCCUCGGGCAUGGAGCGCUGGUGCGCGGGCGGCCCCAGCGGUGCGCUGCACGUCGGCGAGUGGGCCAACAGCACUGACCCCUUUCGCACGCCGAUUCCCCUUGCGGGCCACGCAAGCGACAUUACGAGCGUGCGCUUCUUUCCAAGUGGCGAAGUGGUGCUCACGACGUCGCUCGACAUGCGCGCCAAGAUCUACUCGGCGAUCGACGGAUCGAAUCCACGCACACUCGCAGGGCACACGCGCGCGGUGUACUGCAGCGCGAUCCUCGGGCGCGGGCGCGAAGUGCUCACCGGGAGCGCCGACGGCACCGUCCGGGUUUGGGACGUCGGCCAAGCGACGACCAAGACGACGCUCACGGCGCCCGACCACGCCGCCGUGCUUGCACUGGACGUCGACGAGGAGCAUGCAUACGGCGGCCUCGCCAGCGGGCAGCUCGCCGUGUGGGCGCUGAGCGGCGGCGCGCCGCGCCUCGUGCCUGUCCCUGCGGCGCCCGGCGGGGAGGCCGGGCGCGUGCAGGCGCUGGCCGUCGACCUUGCUGCCCACCGCCUUGCGCUCGGCACGAGCAGCGGCGUGUGUGCCGUGUAUGAUACCCGCGACCUCGCGGCCGUCGCGACCUUUUGGCGAAACACGGCCGAGGUGACCGACGUGCAUUGGGCCGGCGCCGAGCUGCUUGUGAGCACGUCCGACGGCCUGCCGUUUCGUGCGUCGCUCGCGCCGCAGGUCCUCGUCGAGUACGCGGGCUGGGACGCGGACCCCGUCGACGCGCUGCGUCCCGCGCGCGGCGGCGUCGUCGCGGUCGGCGCCGGGGAGUAUGCGCGGUAUGCAGAGAAUUGUACGGCAGCUGUGUAA